GUUUUUGUGAACCCUGAAGCCGCCGUACUCCCGUAGCUCGCUUACAGCUAAACUGGAGGAUUAGCUGGAGGAGGAAAUUGUCGGAGUUAUCGGGUGAUUGUUCUAGAUUGCUCCUACGAACAAGGCAAGUCGCUGACAUGACGACUCUGGAUGACAAGAUUUUGGGGGAGAAGCUGCAGUACUACUACAGCAGCAGUGAGGAUGAGGGCAGUGAAAACGAGGAUGAGGAUGGGGAGCGCAAGACCAUCAGGGACCCAAACGUCACCGAGCCUGAGAUAGAUUACAGCGCGGAUGGAAGUGCUGUCAACACAGGACCAAAGGGUGUCAUUAAUGACUGGAGGAAGUACAAGCAGCUGGAGGUGGAGCAGAAACAGGAGCAAAAGAAAGAGAUGGAAAGACUAAUCAAGAAGCUGUCGAUGACCUGCCGCUCUGACCUCGACCAGGAAAAGGACAAAGCCAAACAGAAAGAAUUGCAGGACAAAAUCCAAGGCAAAAUGACCAUGCAGGAGUACAACAUGCUACAGGAAGAUCAGGAUGAUGAAGACUUCCUGCAGCAUUACCGUAUGCAGCGCAUCGAGGAGAUGCGACGCCAGCUGUGCCGGGGCAAGCGCUUUGCCCAGGUCUACGAGCUGAACAGCGGCGAAGACUUCCUGGAGGCUUUGGACAACGAGGACAAAAGCACACUGGUCAUGAUCCACAUCUACGAGCCGGAGGUCGCCGGCUGCGAGGCCAUGAGAGGAAGCCUCAUGUGUCUGGCUCAGGAGUACCCGCUGGUCAAGUUCUGCAGCGUUCGCAGCUCGGCCAUCAGCACCAGCGCGCUGUUCAGAGACAGCGCUCUGCCUGCUCUGCUCGUUUACAAAGGAGGGGACUUGAUUGGUAACUUCGUGCGGCUAACAGACCAGCUCGGGGAAGAUUUCUUUGCUGUGGACGUGGAGGCCCUGCUACAGGAGUACGGCCUGCUGCCAGAUAAAGCCCCAAUGGUCCAGAAGACGAUUCGCAACGGAGCCAUCGUACAGAACAUUGUUAGCGACGAGGACUCUGACCUGGAUAUAGACUAAAGCCAUUAUAUUCUUCAUGCUUUAUAUGCUUGGAUAAUUUGUGUACACAGUCUGCAUGGACUAUAGAUCACUUUUAUGUACGUGGAUCCCUGUAGUGAAGUCACACUGAGCCAGGAGUUUAAAGAUAGUGCUCACACAACAACAUACGCACAGGCAGCAUUGUCAGUAUGCAAAUGAAACAUCAUGAUAUCAAUUUAUAGUAAAUAUGAGUUCUAUUUAAUCAGAGUAGUCUAGCUGUUAUGAAUCAAGGACCCGUUGUUAUGUAGAAUGAUAUAGAUGUUAGCUUACAUGUUUAUGUUGGAAACUUCUUGAACUAUUUAUUCAUCGUGUGAAAACACAUUCCUCUUCUGUGUCUUGUGCAUCUUUACUGUAUAAAAUUUGUUUUGCUAUGUAGGAUUAAAAACUUUCAACUAAAACUGACUUAAAGCUGAUUUUUAACUUUUCUAUGUGCUGUAACAUUUCAAAUACUGAAAAAUAAAUGUUUGGACUCAC